AAUAUUUAAUACAGUAUGUUCAGUUCAGUCAGGUGGCUAAAUAUGUAGCAUAUAGAAGGAUCUGGCAACCCAGUGUGACCAUACACAAUAGAUUUAGCAAUACCUUUUUGCACUUUAAUUCGUCUAAUUAGAACCUGUUGUCAUUAUUUUUUAUUUAUUUAUUUGUUUAAGAUGGUGUUUUUUUUUAUUUAAAAUCUGAUGUUGUUAGUUAAUGUUAUUAAGUUUAGGAUUCAUUUGUAUUAUCUGCUGUCAGAAUGAGUUGUAAAGUUAAGACAACGCUGUGUGGAUGAAGUGCGACUCGAGGCUGAGAGAUAAAUCGACCACUACCACUUUCGGUAACUCCCACUAGUCGCUUGGCUGCUAUUUCCUGCAACGAUGUGAGACUGAGGAGGAAGAGCAAAGAGGAAAAACUUCGAACUUCGAUUUGAGUUUGAAAUCUGCGUAUUUAGGCUGGUCCACGGAGCAUGAAGUGAGGAGAAAUGAAGGAUAGACUGUGUGACCUGAAUAGUGUGUUAUCUAAAACCUCCCAAGAAGAGCCUUGUGUAGAGAAUGGGGAGAACAUAGAAAAUGGUGAGCUGGAGCAGCAUGCCAUGGGGUUCGAGGGCGAGGACAUCAUGGAUGAUAUGUUUAAGGAGGCCCAGUCUAUGCACAAAAAAAUAGCGAACCUUAGAAUGGAGGUGAAGAGACUGGGCAAGCAGAACACCCGUUUCAUUACCUCCGUCAGACGCAUCAGCAGCAUCAAGCGGGACUCCAAUGCCAUCGCACGUAACAUCAAAGCUGAAGGAGAGAAGCUGUAUGCGAGACUUCAGCAGAUGGAGGCACAGUGCAAAGAGCUGGAGGAGAAACACGGGGCCCAGUCUGCGUUAGUCCGCAUGGUGCGCGCCCAGUACAACUCUUUAACCAGUGCCUUCCAUGGUGCAAUGUCUGAAUAUAAUGAGGCUGAGAUGGCACAAAGGGAAAACUGCAAGAUACGCAUCCAGCGACAGACAGAGAUCAUGGGCAAGGAGGUGACUGGGGAUCAGAUCGAAGAAAUGAUUGAGAGCGGUAAGUGGAACGUCUUCUCGGACAACCUUGUCACAGACGAACGAGCCUUCCGAUCAGCACUCAACGAGAUUGAGAACCGUCACAAGGAGCUUCUAGAGCUGGAGAGCCGCAUUCGGGACAUUCAUGAGCUCUUUUUUCAGUUGGCCCUGCUGGUAGAGCAGCAAGGGUCUAUGGUGGAUAACAUUGAGGCUAAUGUGUGUACUACAGAAGAAUUUAUAGGCAAGGCUACAGUUGAGAUCAAGAAGGCUGUGAAAUAUAAGAAGAAGAACCCAUGUAGACAGCUCUUGUGUUGUUGUUUUCCAUGUUGUAAUAAGUGAAGAAUAAUAUGCUUCCUUCUCGUGCCACUCCGAUUUCAAAAUAACAGGUUAGCUUACUAAAUGCAUAGUGGAUUUGUAUAUUUAAUGGACCUGUCUUUGGUGGAGCUGCCUGUAGUUGUUGCACAAUGAUCAUGUGAUUAACAAGCUGGCAUAUUUCACCAGCCGUGUUUUUAUGCAGUUCUUUUUUUGGGGGGGAUCUAGAGAAUACUGGCUCAUUGCCUGAACAUGUUGUGACAUGGUGUGACAACCCAGUAUCUUGUUCACCAUUGGUUCAGCAAUACAUGAAAACAGCACUGCUUAUUACAUCAAUGGAAUACUUGUAUUGUUUCUGCUCUGUGUGUAAAAAUUACUAUGAUACCUGUAUGGAAAUCAGUUGUAGUAGAUUAUUUAUGCUUUAAAAUUAAUUAAGAUGUACAAUAACUUUUAAAGUGGGGGAAAAAGUUUAAUAUUUAAGUGGGUACAUAAACUUUAUUGAUGUAAAUUGUUUUCAUAAUUGAAUAAAUAAUUUUAACUUUGGGA